AUGAAAAAAAUCUUUGCUCUGAUCGCUGAAGCGUAUGAAGUGUUAGUGGAUCAUAAGAGACGAGCUGUCUACGACCAAUACGGGGAAGAAGGGUUGAAAAGUGGCGUCCCGGGCCCGACGGAUUUCAUUCAACCUUACACGUACCACGGAGAUCCUUUAAGAACAUUCCACGAGUUCUUUGGCACGUCCAACCCUUACGCUGACUUACUAGAUUACUAUGAGAACCCUCCCCCUAUGUUCGAAUCCCCGCUUGGCAAGGGAUACAAGGAAAAAGACCCUACUAUAGUCCGACCACUCGCGCUAUCUCUAGAGGAAGUAUAUAAAGGCGGUUUGAAGAAAAUGAAAAUCCAACGAUUGGUAUUCACAAAUGAGACGUGUUCUGAAUUGAAAUUAAGGGAAAAAGUACUGUCGAUACCAAUCAAACCAGGUAUGUACCCCAAAACGCAAGUAAGGUUCAAAGGAGAAGGCGAUCAAGGCCCUACUAGAAUCCCAGCAGACGUUAUGUUCGUCACAGAAGACCGUCCACACGAUACUUUUAUAAGGUCAGGUUUAAGCGACCUGCUUACAGUUCAAACGAUAACAUUACAAGAGGCUCUAUGUGGAGUUACAAUCACAUUGACGACUUUAGACGCGCGUACUUUGCGAAUCAAAAUAACCGAUGUGAUCACACCGACUUAUGAAAAGAUUGUCGAAGACGAGGGUCUUCCAAUACCAGCCUGUCCUACCAAAGCGAAAGGGAACCUAAUAAUACGUUUCCGUAUAGUGUUCCCGGAGUAUUUGUCGAAGAGAAGCAAAAAGGCUUUCGGCGAUGCUUUUAAAAUUAUGCAGGAUGACGAAGAAAGAUUUCAGAAAAUGGACUGUGGGACUCUGGGAAAGACUACGAAUGAAUGA